AUGCAGACCUGGAGUGCUCUUGUUGAGGCGGUAUCCCAGCCACCACUUCAGCUGCAGCAGCCCCCUCCCAUCCCCCUCCCAUCCCCUGGCCAUCCCCCUCCAUCCCCCCCCCUUCCCCCCCUCCCAUCCCCCUCCCAUCCCCCUCCCAUCCCUCUCCCAUCCCCCUCCCAUCCCCCUCCCAUCCCCCUCGCGUCCCCCCCCCAUCCCCCUCCCAUCCCCCUCCCAUCCCCCUCCCAUCCCCUGGCCAUCCCCCUCCCAUCCCCCUCCCAUCCCCCUCCCAUCCCCCUCCCGUCCCCCUGGCCAUCCCCCUCCCAUCCCCCCCCCAUCCCCCUCCCAUCUUCCUCCAUCGCCCUCCAAUCCCCCUCCCAUCCCCCUCCCAUCCCCCUCCCAUCCCCUGGCCAUCCCCCUCCCAUCCCCCUCCCAUCCCCCUCCCAUCCCCCUCCCAUCGCCCUCCAAUCCCCCUCCCGUCCCCCUCCCAUCCCCCUCCCGUCCCCCUACCGACCUCCCCCUCUCAUCCCCCUCCCAUCCCCCUCCCAUCCCCCCCCCAUCCCCCUCCCGCCACCCUCGCUUCCCCCUCCCAUCCCCCUCCCAUCGCCCUCCCAUCCCCCUCCCAUCGCCCUCCCAUCCGACUCGCUCUGUUCCUCUCUGCUCUCUCUCUUCCUGCCUGCUCGCCCUGUUUCUUCCUGUUCACUCUCUUCCGCUGCUCAGUCUGUUCCCACUCUCACUCAUCCCCGUCUCCAACCAUGCAGAGUACAGGUCCCAGGCUCCCAGCACCACAGGCCAAGGUUGCAUGCAAUGUAG